UAUCCGUGUGUGACAUCCCUCCACCGACUUACACCAACUAACGGUCCGUGAGCUUUUACCGGGCCCGUGAUCGCUGAUGCCCGAGAGAAAGGCUGUUUGUGUCAAUCAAACCGACCCCCACCUCCCUUCCCCUCGCUGCUCUCCAUCCUGCCUCUCUCUCUCUCUCUCCCUCUCCCUUGCUCGCCUCCACUUGUGUAGGCGCUCUCUUUUAAAGCAGAGCGUUUACGCACGAUAGUCAGUCGUUAACGGGAAGCCUGAUAACGGUGCUCCUCCGCCUAAUCUCCACCUUGAAAGGAGCAGAGAUUAAGGGGACAAGUGGGCAUAGCGGGAGAGAGGAGAAGGAAGACAGGGGGAGAGAAGGACGAGAGGAAGAGAAAGAGAAGAAUGAUGAAAGGGGGGAGGAGAGCGGAUCAUUCCGGCUGCCCGCAUCUGCUGCUCCAGUGAAGGGGUGAGAAAGAAAGAGAGAGAGAGGGGGGGCAGAAAGGACAUGGCACAGCGCUUCAGCAUCCACAAUACACGGGAGUGGUGCGCCACCGAUACCGGAGCCCCGGACCCACCCGAAGCAGCAGCAGCAGCAGCAUCAGACUCAACGCGCUCCCGUCACGCCUCUUCCCCGCCAAACAGCGCCUCAGCUCCGGUCAGAGACAUUAAUCAUCGCUCUCUGCGUUUCUGCAUGUGAGUCCUCUGUGAGGAUUAAAGGCACGGUACCUCAACUGCAUUUCCAAUAAAUGAAGACCUUUGUUCCCCGACAUCCAAUGCAGCUUUCCUUCCCACCUGCCAUGGUGACAUGACACAACCCUGAGUGCUCCUGUCUCUCAAAAAAGACAAGCUCCUCAAACCUCCCAACAAGUGCACUCACUUUUCCCAAAAAAGACAUUAAAUCCCUCUUACAAGACACCUUUUUUCGCAAUGACGGUGGCGGUGCGAUUCCGCCGCCACCUGCGUAGGCUCCUUCUCCUGCUAGCCUCCUGCUGUCUCCUCUCCCUCCUCCUCUCUGCUUACUUUCUGUUCACAAACUCCUCCCCUUCCAUGCAACUCGGACAAUCUCCUGAACCGGCCUGUGCCCAGCCGCUCUCCAUGUCCCCGUAUCAUCAACUUCCAUACCCUUACCCUCCAAAUCCUCCCCACACGCACAUCCACACUGACCCAGUGGUACUGGUGCUGGUGGAGUCCCAAUACUCCCAGCUGGGUCAGGACAUUGUGGCUAUAUUGGAGUCGGCACACUUCCAGUUCCGCAUGGAGAUUGCCUCAGGGAAGGGCGACUUGCCGCCGCUCACAGAGAAAGGCAAAGGACGUUAUUCGCUUAUCAUUUAUGAGAACUUGUUAAAGUAUGCACAUGCAGACACAUGGAACAGACAGCUGCUGCAUCAAUACUGCACAGAGUAUAGAGUGGGCAUCAUCGGUUUCUACCGCUCCACAGAGAACUCCCCCCCUCUCCUCAAACUUCGAGGCCUACCGCUGGUGCUCAGGACCAACCAGGCGCUGUGGGACUGCUGCGUGGUCUCCAGCUCACCUCUCCUUCACCUGACCAAGCCUGGCACGGAUCGAGGGGCUUUACCAGGAGAGGACUGGACUUCCUUCUCCUCCAAUCACUCAACAUACCAGGCUGUACUGCACGCAAGGGCAAAAGAUGGAGCAGGGGCAGGCAGUGGAGAUCACUCAGGACCUGGGUUUAGUUUGGGCCUUCAGGCGACUGUGGUGCAGGACAUGGGGCUGUAUGAUGGGGUGAGGAGGGUGCUGUUUGGCCAGGGACUGGGAUACUGGCUGCACAGACUCAUUCUGGUGGAUGCCAUCUCUUACCUUACAGACAGGAAGCUAACUUUGGGUCUUGACCGGCACAUUCUGGUGGAUAUAGACGACAUUUUUGUCGGAAAGGAGGGAACGCGCAUGAACACCAAGGAUGUGAAGGCUCUUCUUGAUACUCAGAAACAGCUUCGUGCUGAGAUCUCCAACUUUACCUUCAACCUGGGCUUUUCUGGAAAGUUCUACCACACAGGCACAGUUGAGGAGGAUGAAGGAGACGAUCUACUGCUGAAGUACGUGGAUGAGUUCUGGUGGUUCCCCCACAUGUGGAGCCACAUGCAGCCUCACCUCUUCCACAAUGAGUCCUCGCUGCUGGAGCAGAUGGUCCUCAACAAGGAGUUCGCUCUGGAUCACAACAUCCCAGUGGACAUGGGCUAUGCCGUGGCACCCCACCACUCAGGCGUCUACCCAGUUCACCUGCAGCUCUACAAGGCGUGGAGACGGGUGUGGAACAUCCAGGUCACCAGCACUGAGGAGUACCCCCACCUCAAACCUGCCCGCUAUCGCAAGGGCUUCAUCAACAACAACAUCAUGGUGCUGCCUCGCCAGACGUGUGGCUUGUUUACUCACACCAUCUACUAUAAGGAAUACCCUGGUGGACCUAAAGAGCUGGACAAAAGCAUCCGUGGGGGAGAGCUGUUUCUCACAGUGCUACUCAACCCAAUCAGUAUAUUCAUGACACAUCUGUCCAACUAUGGUAACGAUCGACUGGGUCUGUACACGUUUGUCAACCUUGCCUCCUUUCUUCGCUCGUGGACAAACCUGAGACUCCACACGCUCCCACCCUUGCAGCUUGCACACAAGUACUUCCAGCUUUUUCCAGAACAAAGGAACCCACUCUGGCAGAACCCAUGUGAUGACAAACGACACAAAGACAUCUGGUCUAAAGAGAAAACCUGUGACAGGUUACCAAAGUUCAUGGUCAUAGGCCCACAGAAAACAGGAACGACAGCACUUUAUCUCUUCCUACUCAUGCAUCCCUCCAUCUCCAGUAACUUUCCUAGUCCCAAGACUUACGAGGAGGUCCAGUUCUUUAACACCAACAACUACCACAAAGGAAUUGACUGGUACAUGGAGUUUUUCCCUGUGCCUUCUAAUGUUAGCACAGACUUCCUGUUUGAGAAGAGCGCUAACUACUUCCCUUCAGAGGACUCCCCACGGCGAGCUGCUGCCCUGCUGCCAAAGGCCAAGAUCAUCACCCUGCUCAUCAACCCCUCUGACAGAGCCUACAGCUGGUAUCAGCAUCAAAGAGCUCACGAGGACCAUGCAGCCCUGCAGUUCACCUUCUAUGAUGUCAUCAGCGCGAGACCAGGAGCACCAGCUGAGCUCCGAUCCCUCCAGAAUCGCUGCCUCAUCCCUGGUCUUUACUCCACACACCUGGAGAGGUGGCUCACUAACUACCCUGCUAACCAGGUGAUGAUCAUAGAUGGCCACCAGCUGAGAACAGACCCUGCUGCAGUGAUGGAUGAAGUCCAGAAGUUCCUUGGAGUCACCCCUCACUUUAAUUACUCCCAGGCCUUGACGUUUGACCCACAGAAGGGCUUUUGGUGCCAGCUCCUUGAGGGAGGGAAAACCAAAUGUUUGGGGAAGAGCAAAGGAAGAAAGUACCCUCCUAUGGAGCCAGAGGCACAUGCAUAUCUCUCCAGGUACUACAGGGAACACAACGUGGAGCUGUCAAAGCUGCUGCAUCGUCUUGGACAGCCCCUUCCCUCCUGGCUAAGAGAGGAGCUACAGAAGGUUAGAUAACCUUUGCAUCCAUGAACAGGGGUUAAAGGUCAAGUGGUUCACGACCAGGAAGAAACCAGGAGCAGCACCUGACCUUCAGAUGCACUGACUGCAGCCUUUUAGUGAACCCUGAGGUGAUGGCGAGGACAGGGUGCCUUGCCUCACUUAGGAGCUGUGACACUGCUGAAGGAAGCAGAGGUCAUGUGAGCGCAAAGACACUUUGGUGGGCUGAAACUGAACUAUUGGACAGAUGAACGGACAGAUGAAGAAGGUAUAAUGUUUGGGCUUCAUAUACAGCUUCAAGAAAAUCAGAUGAGAACCUGAUGAAGAGAACUGUGGUAGAAAAGAAGCAUCAUUGCAAUUCUUUGAUACCUAAACCCUAUUCUACGCUGUGGUGAACCACUAAGUGCAGAUCUGCAGAGACUCUUAUGAUUCUUACCAGGUUUAUGUUUUAUUUUCAUCUUUGAUUUCCAAUGCCAGAGCAGCGCUGGUCAGCUGUGCAUGGUUUCCAUAGAGAUGACUUUGCACUAAGUUCCAUUCAAUGUAUUUCCAAGACAAAAAGGGAAAAAGGCACCCUUUGAGGUUUUGAUUUACUUUCUCUUUUUGUCGUUUCUUUGGUACUCUGGGAGUGAAUCAGCAUGGGGGAAAGGUGCUUAGACUCAGGGUGAGUGACAGGCUGUUACUUUCCAUCAUAAGUUCUCAUUGUUUUUUGAGUUAUCUUCUAAAUUGAAGCUAGUUUCUGGUAGAUAUAUUCACCCUUAGAGAUGUCACUUUGGGCUUUCACUGGAAAGUAUAGAUGGGAAAUGAGUCAGUGAAGCAAGAUGCAUUUGCCCACUCAUUAUUUUCCUGUGACGAGCCAUGCGGAAGAACACCAUGUCCGUGAAGCAGAGCAUGAGCGCUUGUGAUUUCAGCGCUAAGGACUGAGGAGACUUGAGUCUGUGGGAUGAAAACUGACCAAACGAGCCUAAUGGAUAUGACACUUAAUUCUAAGACCCUUUAAGUAGCUACUGUAACCGCAGGCAAUUUCUGUUUCAUCAGUGUCUCAUUAAAGUGUCAACCUUCUUUUUAUUCUUUUCAAAACCAGUGGCCUACUUUGUUAAGCUUCAAUUUGAAUGCAAAAAAACCUAAAUGUCCAACACAGAAACCAAAAUUAAAGAAAUGGAGAUGACAACA